UGAUUAUGAUAAAAAAAAAUGGGCAAGAAUGUUUUGAUUGAAUAAAUUUGAUAAAAUUUGAAACCAUACAUGAAAAUUGACAAUUUGGCAUUUAAAUAAGAGAAUGAAGUAAUUUAUCUAUCAACUAUUGAUUGAAACGUUUGCAAGCCUGUCCAGUCCUGGCAUAAGAGAGACAUUUAGUUGAAGUGGUAAACCAAUCUGGGAAUAGAACGGUGCACGGUUUCAAACAUGUUUCAGGUAAUUCGCAUAUCUACGUAUAACCCGAUUUGAGUGUUACUUUGUGAUGAUGAAUAAGAAUAUCGCUUCCAUUUCGAUUGGGUUUUGAUUUAUUUCAUGACAUGAAUAAUACAUUCAGAAAGCAAUAUACUUGUUAUUCGGUUUCACUAUUUCCUGGAAAUGAAAGGGAAGAUGUUGAACGAGGAGGGAAAAUUAUUAUGCCCCCUUCUGCACUGGAAGCUUUGACACGAUUAAAUAUCACUUACCCUAUGCUGUUUAAAUUGAGCAAUAUUAAAAUGAACCGAACAACGCAUUGCGGAGUUUUGGAAUUUGUCGCCGAUGAAAAUAAAGUCUAUUUACCUUAUUGGAUGAUGAGAAACUUGAUUUUAGAAGAGGGCGAUAUCAUCGACAUAGAGAGUGUUUCCUUAGCCGUAGCUACGUUUUCUAAAUUCCAACCUUUGUCAUCAGAUUUCUUAGACAUUACAAAUCCUAAAGCAGUGCUUGAAAAUAGUUUACGUAAUUUUGCAUGUUUAUCGAAAGGAGAUAUUAUCGCAAUUAAAUACAACGGACACGUUUACGAAUUGUGUGUUCUUGAAACAAAACCAAAUGAUGCAGUCAACAUUAUAGAGUGUGAUAUGAAUGUUGAAUUCGCUGCUCCAUUGGAUUAUAAAGAUCCUGAAAAAUCAGAUAAGAAUGAAGAAGAAAUGGUGGAUGUAUCGAAGUUUCUACCAAUUCCUAAAGGUUUUGUAGCAUUUAGUGGUGAAUCAUCGAGACUCGAUGGUAAAAAGAAAAAGAAAGAAUUUGAAGAAGAUAAUGCUAUGUCAAAGCAAGUGUAUCAGAGAGGAAUUCCGGAUUACAAUUACGAAAUCGGAACUUUGCAGUUUUUCCGUCAUUCAAAACCUGUGGAGCAGAAAGAUGUUCCAGAGGUUGAAGAUUUUUUACCAUUUUCGGGCAAAGGAACUGUAUUGAACGACCAUAGUAAGAAAGGGAAAUGAAUUAUUACUGUGAUCAGUUCAAUUGUACAUUUUUUUUCCUAAAUUUAUUACACUUAUUUCGAACAUUCUUUCAUUCUAUUGUGACAGUUUUAUACGUUUAUACGAGUAAUUUUGGAUGCGAUUUUUUAAAUCAUCUGUACUGUAUAUUAUAUUCUCUUCACAUCAUCUUGAAAGUUAUCAACGUAGCAUGUAUUCUUGAUUUGCUUAUCGAUAAAUUAUUCGUGUUGGGUCCGCAAUACUUGAACUGAAAUAGUGGCAACUGUAAAUAAAUGUAUGAUUUCAGCGAAUCGUAAA